AUGGCACAAAAGUUUCUAGAACCCUUUAGAAAAUUGCCUCAUCAAAUACAAAACUUGCACCUUAUUCAAAAGUUACAAGGACUUACUUUGAGUCGUGGUUCGGAAGCCUUCGGCCUUAAUCUGCCGUCUGCUUAUGGUUGUGUCGACUCGCCUUCAGCGAUCGCAUUCGAUGAAAAGCUCGGUUUGUUCGCUGUCGCAUCAAAAACUGGGUGCAUCAAGGUUUAUGGUACACCAGGGGUAGUUUUAACUGUCAAAGCGGCCGGAUGUGCUGUUUUGCUUCUCAGUUUCAUUCCAGAAGAAGGCCGGCUUUUGGCGGCGCUGGAAACGGGAUAUGUAUCGCUGUACGAACUGAACCCCAAAAACGGGCAUUGGGUUGAGUGCGCCCAUGUGCGUGUACUCUUUUCGGACCAAGAACAAAUCACCGCCCUGGCAUUGGGUCAUGGCAUUGUCUAUGUUGGAUCAUCCACUGGUACACUUUACCAACUCGCCAUCAGUAAUGGGCGUUUGUCACUUGGUGACCACUCACUCACCUCAUGUACCAGUUCUAUGGUUUCGGAGAGCGUUCCUGUGGACAAGCGGGAACAGUUAGGAGUGGACUCUCCGAUCGUCAGCUUGCAGCUACAGCCUGAGGGUAAUCACCUGCUCAUCGCCUAUGCUGGUGGAUGCGUUGCAGUUGCUAUUCCUCAAACCAUUCCAGAAAACGUUGGUACCGAGUCGGUUCCGACCGCAGACGUUACGCCGUCUGCUCCGACAGCUGAACAGGAAGCGACCACACCCAUCGUUGAAGAACCCGGGGUCACCAUGAAUGAACAGCAAACUUCAGCCGAAGGUGGCUCAACUCAUGAAGUCACGAAUCCUGAGCCCGAAUCAGCAGCGGCCGCAUCUGCUUCUGCUCAGCCUUCCGAACCAACGCAACAGCCUGCACCCGCCACUCCUGCCAAGGAAUCGUCGGAAAGACGCACGACCAUAAAAUUGAAGGAGUUCACGCGGAGUUUGCGACGUCUAGACCUUACGAAACCUGAAGUGGAAGCUGAACCCCCACUUCCUGUCCCCCCACCUCCACGUAUCAGUCACCUGUUGCUCCGUGAUCAACCUGUGGAAUGGGCUUCCUGGCGUGUAACGGCUUCGGAGGUUCAGUCCAAUGAGAUCACUGUGGCAUACGGUGAUGGAGCAUACCAGAUUUGGCCGAUCACCGCUGCCGCUACCAGUGAAGAAUUGCUAGAACCCAUAAUUGUGGCGAAGCGAGAUCCACCAACAACCCCGUAUGAUGAGGUACCGCCGGUCACCGAAGCACCGAUUUCCGCUCCUUGCGCUCCACAAAAUGCUAUAGCCCUGCUAGUCAUGACCGAACGCGAGUUGGUUGUGAUAGACCUCCAACAACCAAACUGGCCCACUUUCCAGUCACCGUAUCUGAAUUGUUUGGAUAUUUCUCCAGUAACUGCAGUUACUCAUCUUAGCAAAGUAUCGUCUGCCCUGCUUAGUCGUCUUCGUACUGCUGUCAAGUGUGCCCAGACCGACGUCACACAUUCGCAAUGGCCCAUCUGGGGUGGAGAGAACUGCAACGAGAGUAUUGAUUUGGCUCACAAUGACGGCAACGAUGUCGUUGUGUUGGGGCACGCCAACGGGUGGAUCACACUGCUUGCUGUCGGUCGCGGAGAUAGUGUACACCGAUUGGGAACCUUCCACACCGAUUCGCUCUUCAACCUAUCCGACUCCCCAAAUGGCUUAAAGUGUCAGAGUACCAUCGAGGUUGAAACUUGGCCGCCGUUCCGGCGCGUCGGCGAUUGUGCAUUAGCUCAUCCACUGUGUGUAGAACAUCCUGAUCCUCGACUUGCUGUGACUCAGCUGACAGCAUCCGCCACAGCUAAUUCGAUCACCCUAGUCGUUGGUGGUUGUGGUGGACAGGUCAGCGUAUGGACCGCAAACGAGGAGAGCAAGGCCACGCCGAAUUUCGAACCCGAUGUUUCUAGAAUCCAUGUCAAUUUGAUCGACCAGGAUACAGCCAAUCCAAAGUACAUUUGGAACGGCCUUGCAGCUAUGAAGGUAUGCGACUCCGCGGGCACUGCGCUAUAUCCAUGUGCCUUGAUCCAGCUGGAUCCACCGGCCCCUAUCACAGCAGUAGCCCUAGAACCUAGCUGGCAUUUGCUUGCCUUGGGCUCGCCGCAUGGCUUUGCAGUGGUCGAUCUACUUGCCAAGGGUGCCAUCUACACGGAUUUCCUUUUCGCAAAAUCUCCAAUAACCACUGGUGGUACACACAGAUUCUCUCGUCACAAUCAGGUCUCGGCCAUGCAAACGGCCAUCGUUAAUCGCGGCAAACAGAUAACAGCAAGUGUGCGACAAUCGUUCCGACGGUUAAAGCAAUUGCGCACUUCGACAACAAAGGCACCUGAAGAGACUCAAGAAGUGGCACCUUCUACCCAGCCAACCGAACAGCCGGUUGAAGGAGAACAACCCAAGGAUGCUGCUGCCGAGGCCACCUUAAAGCCAGGGGAAACCACUAGUCCGGAGCCUGCGCCAGCACAAGAUGUCCCCAAACCUGAGCCGACGGAGGAAUCGGCACCAGUAGAGCCCGGCACAUCACAAGCUGAGCAGGUAGCUGAAACACCUUCAGAACCCACAUCCCUGAGUGCUGAUGAGUUCGGUCCAUCCACCGUUCGCUUCUUGUUGUUUGCCGAUACUUACGUCGUGUCGGCGGUCCCCGCUACCUCUCAACAUUCCGCCGUUCCCUCACCGCGCACCCCUUCCAUUUGGGUCGGCACUACAAAUGGUCGCGUGAUAGCGCAUAGCCUCAGCUGGGAAGACACCAGUGGUCCUGUCACUGUUCAGCUUCACAAAGAGUUGCAGUUGCAGCAUCGUGCCCCGGUUAUUGGUUUAUGUGUUUUGGACACUAACUCUCGAACACCGGUAUUGUCCACUUCCAGAUUUCGCACCGGGUGCGAAUUGCAACCCAAACCGGACCAACCAGAGGCUGAACCAACAAAAGAGGCACCCAAGGAAGAGGGAUCAAAAGAAGAGAGCGAAAGUGCCACAGCUCCUGUCGUUACUCCGGCACCGAUCGCAGCAGUUCCCAUCGAGUCUCACCAGUUACUGUUGUGUUCCGAAGAGCAGGUCAAACUUUUCCAGUUGCCUUCACUUCGUGCGUUGCAUAAACACAAGUUUGUUGAUCGAAUCCGCCUACCUGGGCAUUCAUCAGCGGCAACAGCUACACCCAGCUCAAAUACUACCGUUACCGGUGAGGUGGCUGCCAGUGCGCCCAAAUCAGGAGAUAACGCAGAGACUGCUGAACAUCCGGAACCUGCGACUGAGCCUGAAACGAAACCAGUCACUAUGGUGCCACAACCUCAUCGCAAAUCUCUCACCGCUUUUGGAGUGCAACCGUUUGUUCGCGGUACAGGAGAGCAUUCCAAAACAGAAUGGGACGUCGUGGUAACUCGUUAUGACGGGCAGGCCGUCAUUUUAUCCAUCCCACAUUUAAGGAAGUUGUUCAAAUCUCGUUCCUUCAUCGAUCCCACCGUUCAUCCAGUUCCUUGUGUGUCUUCGUUGUCGUCCACCAAUCUCGUGUUUUGGCAUGCCGGUUGUCAGCUUAUCCUAAAUGAACUCUCUUCCGUCCCUCGAUUGUCUUCGCCUGCCCUACUUACCCCGGGUGCCCCGAGUCCACUUCAGGCUACUGUCACCCUACCGGACUGGGCUAGGCCCCGCGAACCAGCUCCUGUCGAAUCUGAAGUUAGCAAAGAACCCGAAGCCGUUGCUACUGAAGAAGUUGUAGCGGAGGCUGUCGUAAACGGAGAGGCUGUAAACGGUACCUCUGAGGUGCAAGCAACCGAGACAAUGGACUCUGCAGCUCCGCUGGAAGAGAAAAUUGGCUCCGCGCUGCCUACUGGAGCUCCUCAUGCCGGUGAUGUAACUAUGGACUCCAUCAAGGAGUAUCUAAAUGGAUUUGACUAUCACAAAAUGCCUUUUUUAUUCUCUGUCAGCGAAGGAACAGUUACCAUCAAGACUAUCGAAACGUCUUCAGAGAAACGAACUAUCGUCGAGGGUGGUCAGAUGGUUACUACCCUGCAUGAGAGUGAACGAGUCGAUGGCAAACUGAUCAGGGAUGACGUCAUCAAGUUUUCCACAGAUGAGCCACCUGCCCUCAGCAUGACGGGUACGUUUCUCACCUAA